AUGCUGACCCUGUGGAUGCUCCUUAUUCCGGCUACCCUGUGUGUACAAGAGCCAGAGGCGGGUAAGAGAGUCCUGCUGUCUAUGAAUUCGGUUCAACGCUCCGUGGCGCGAAUGGACGGUGACGUGAUCAUAGGGGCUCUGUUCUCGGUGCACCACCAGCCGCCGGCCGAGAAAGUGCCCGAGAGGAAAUGCGGAGAAAUUCGCGAGCAGUACGGGAUCCAGAGGGUGGAGGCUAUGUUCCACACCUUGGACAAAAUCAACGCCAACCGCAACCUCCUGCCUAACAUCACCCUGGGCUGCGAGAUCCGAGACUCUUGCUGGCACUCGUCCGUGGCUCUGGAGCAGAGCAUCGAGUUCAUCCGAGAUUCCCUCAUCUCCAUGAGGAACGAAAGGGAUGGACUGACGCAAUGUCUUGAAGGACCGGGCUCAGAGGCCAAGACGCCCAUAGCUGGGGUCAUAGGACCAGGCUCCAGUUCUGUCGCCAUUCAGGUCCAGAACCUUCUGCAACUCUUCAACAUUCCCCAGAUCGCUUACUCCGCCACAAGCAUCGACCUGAGCGACAAGACCCUCUUUCAAUAUUUCCUCCGGGUUGUUCCCUCAGACACUCUCCAAGCCAGGGCCAUGCUGGACAUUGUACAGAGGUACAACUGGACCUAUGUGUCUGCUGUUCACACUGAAGGAAACUAUGGAGAGAGUGGGAUGGAGGCUUUCAAGGAGUUAGCUGCUCAGGAAGGACUGUGCAUUGCACACUCAGGUAAAAUCUACAGCAAUGCUGGGGAGAAAGCCUUUGACAGACUCCUGAGAAAAUUAAGGGAAAGACUGCCUAAAGCAAGAGUUGUCGUCUGUUUCUGUGAGGGAAUGACAGUGAGAGGCCUGCUUAUGGCGAUGCGAAGACUUGGGGUACUAGGCGAGUUUCUACUGAUCGGCAGUGAUGGUUGGGCAGACCGGGAGGAAGUGAUUGAAGCCUAUGAGCAGGAGGCGGUGGGAGGGAUCACAAUCAAGCUGCAGUCCGCUGAGGUCACCUGGUUCGAUGACUACUACCUGAAGCUGAAUUUGGAAAGCAACACCCGCAAUCCAUGGUUUCCUGAGUUCUGGCAGCAUCGCUUCCAGUGCCGUUUGGAGGGGCACCCUCAGGAAAACCGUUCCUUUCAGAGACUCUGCACAGGGAAUGAAAGUUUAGCAGAAAAUUAUGUACAAGACAGCAAGAUGGGUUUCAUCAUCAAUGCCAUUUAUGCCAUGGCCCACGGACUGCAUGACAUGCACAAAACACUCUGUCCAGGUCACUCCGGGCUCUGUGAAGCAAUGAAACCUGUUGAUGGCAAAAAACUCCUACAGUUUCUAAUAAAGACUUCAUUCAUUGGAGUUUCCGGUGAGGAAGUGUGGUUUGAUGAGAAUGGAGAUUCUCCAGCAAGUUUGAAGAAAUUGAAAAUGACAAGCAACAGGAAAUUUUACACAGAAUUUCACAGAAUGUACAGCACAGACACAAGCCUUUUGUUCCAGCUGCUUCAUGCUAAUGCUUAUGCAUGA